AUGACUUCACUCCGACGUCGCGACACGAAAUCCCAUCCUUCCGCCGCCGCCGCCGGCAUAUUGUGCCUCGUCCUGCUGGCCAUCCCGGCGGCGGAGGCGGUGACGGUGCGGGUGGUGAACGGGCUGAGCGACCGGCGGAAGAAGCUGCUGGUGCACUGCAAGUCCGGCGACGACGACAUCGGGGUCAAGUACAUAACGGCCGGCGGCGAGGACUACCACUUCAGCUUCCGGCCCAACUGGUGGGGGACCACGCUGUUCUGGUGCUACGUGGCGCCCGACGGCAACUCCCACCUGUCCUUCACGGCGUGGGAGGACAUGGACCCGCUCCCCAACAACGAUUACUCCGACAGGGUCUGGCUGGCGAAGGACGACGGCGUUUACGUCUGGCGGCGGAUUUGGGACGUCGAUUUCAACUUCUACAAAGGCUGGCUUCCUGGCAGGGGAUAUCAUAUCUCCUUAUGGACACAUUAAAGGAGAUGACUGAGACCCAUAUGAUGUUCCUCUAAUGCAAAUGAGUUUUUCUUUAAUAGAUAAUUGCGGGAAUUAAAUUUCCUUAAAUUCCAUUUUAGAAUGUAGUUGUGUUAUUUAUUAUUUCCUUAAUCUUAAUCAAAUGUACAUAGUCAAUAAAUUCAACUGUUACGUUGAUAAUUUUCUC